AUGUCUAAUCUUGCCCCCAACCACAGCCAACUCACUGGCUAUUCGACAGGGGACAGGGACGACCCCUUCUGCGCACUUGAGACAUCAAGACAGGCGUUCGAGCUUGCGCCCAGCGGUCCGCUAUGCCGGGAGCUCACAUGGAGUCCAGCAGGAAACACGCGGGGCGCGCCCCUGAAGACAUGGACCUAUCGACAGAGAGGCGGCGUUUCUACAUCAAGUUCGGCAGCGAUUCAGCGCUGCGCGCAACCAGGCUGUUGGGAUUCGAACAUUGGGAACACAGCUAAGUUGCAUAUUCAGGAUCUUCGCUGCCAGUUUCGAGCCACGCUUAGUCCCCUGCCGUAUUAA